AUAGCCGCAGCUUGGUCGUCAAUAAUCUACUAUUAUGGUCCAAUUAGUACUUACUUAACAUUCAACACGACACUAUUUAUUAUUACUGCCUCUAAGAUAUUCUUUCAAAAUAGGACCAAUAGACGUCAGCUAACCCAAUCGGACCAUCAACGAAAUUUGAGGACUUUGACUAAUUUUGGAACAUUUUUCCGGCUCUUUGUCAUUAUGGGCGUUUUCUGGAUACUUGAAAUCAUUUCCUAUUUUGGACAAAUGUUCGACAUAUCAAUGCAGUUUAUUGAUGUCAUUUGUUGUGGUCAAGGUAUUAUUUUAUUUGUAGCAACAAUUUUGAAAAGAGAUGUGUUGAAAGCGUUGGCUAAUCGACUUCGUAUUGGAAAUACCAAAAUAAAAAUGUCACAAAGUGGUGUUUCCACAACAUCAGCCAGAAUGGAAACUGUUUUAUCUUCACAACCAAUUCUAACUAAAGACAACAAAGAACCUCAUUUAUAAGAGAAUAUAUAUUGUUAGAAAAUGUACUUAUUAUUUGUUUUUAUUAAUUUUCUGUAAAUCACUU